GCCUUAUAUUUCUUCUGCUGCGGGUGUCUGCUCUGCAAACCUUGAAGCUCAGCAACAACACAACACAACAUGCUGGCUCAGUGCAUUGCCAAGCUCCUCUGCCUUGGCACCUCUGGACACACAGCUGUGAGGAGAAGUCCCAGGCUGGCAAUGGGAAUCUUGGAGCUGGGGAGAUGCUUCAGUGACAGCACAAAGCCAAAGAGCACAGACCAGGGCUCUAUGGACAAAGUGACGCUACAUUUUAUUGACCGGGAUGGAGAGAAAUACUCGGUCAACGCCAAAGAAGGGGAGAGUCUGCUGGAGGUUGUGAUAAAUCAAAAUAUUAACAUCAAUGGCUUUGGGGCGUGUGAAGGCACCCUGGCCUGCUCCACUUGCCAUCUAAUCUUUGAGAAAGCAGCGUUUCAACAACUGGGUGAGAUCAGUGACGAUGAGCUGGACAUGCUGGACUUGGCCUACGGACUGACUGACACAUCUCGUCUUGGUUGCCAGGUGUGUGUGAAGAAAUGGAUGGAUGGCCUGACUGUCCAGGUGCCCACGGAGGUCUCAGAUAUCAGGAGAGAACUGGAAGUGGAGAAGCAAAAGAAACAGUAGUCAAAGCACACGACAUACCCUGCAAAUAUUAUCUUGACCCUGUGUCAAGGUUCCGACUAAUGAGACACUUCAAAGAACUUCCAGGCAUUGUUUAUCCUAAAAGCCUUUAUUAACAGUGUAACAGAUUGUCAGCACAUCAUGGAUGGAUGCCAAGAUCUGAAGUCUGGACCCCAAAGCAGUUUUUUUUGCUAGCAUUUUCCCUCCCUCUUUUGCUGUCAUAAGUCACAUUCUCCAACCAGCCUGGGGGGCAAAGGUUCACUUCCUUCUGAAGCCCUCGCAAAUUGCUCUCUCUCUACAUUCUUCCUCCCCCCUCCCAUUCUCAUCUGAGUUAACUCUAAAAGUGCCAGACAGUUCUGCAUAUUUUCUCAAAGCAAGAAUAUUCAAUAUUAGCAGCAUUGACACCCUGUUAAAAGAAGGGAGGCCCUUACUUUCCACACUGAACAGAAACACCCUAAACCAACCAAUCCCCAUUUCCAAGUUACAUAACUUGUUGUGCCCAACAAAUUCAAGCACACGGUGGCUUAAUAUGAUAGCUUAGUUCAGAUUAUACAUGGAAAGAAUCACUGGAUCAUCCUAACCACUUAACCAUGUGAAACAUAGCUCCAUUUAGCCACACUUAGGCUGUUGUGCUGGGCCAGCUCCUGAAAGGGGUUCUGUGCUCAGAAUCUGUAGCCUCAAGCAACAAAUCUGAAUUGGGAUGAAAAAUCAGUGAUCUGUGAUGCUCACUUUUGCAAGAGAGAGGGAGAGAGGGAGUUGUAUGUCGGUUGCUACCAAGGAAGUUUCUUUAUGGCUUAAUAAAAUUGAUGGGGGGAAGAUUGUGAAGUCCCAAAGUAGCAGCCUAUUCCAAGCUCAUCAGUCGGGGGCUACAUUUAUCCCCUCCGAAUGGGCUGGGAUGUGCUCUUACUUGGAGGUCCCCCCCCCCCCCCGUGGCUGUUCCAUGAGGCAGAGGAGAAGCAGAACUCACCCCAACUGAGCCAGCGAAAACAAAAUCAAGCCCAACUGGCCGGAUCACAGGACCCAUCUUUGCACUCUGGCCCCGUGGUGCCCUGGAGAUUUCCCUCGCACUAAGUCACCAAGCAUUGGCUCUUCUAGACUGGAGGCCAAUCCCCAUUUGAAGUGAUCCCUCGGAGAAGACAAAUGCGGAAUUCCAUGGAUGUGAAGUUAGAGAGAUGCAGCUAUGAAUAGGGUCUGUUCCUGGCUAUGAAGCCUGUUGCUCUGGUUUUCACAGUGGAUUAUUUCUCCGCACGUGAAUUUUCAUUGUGCAUGUUCACAAAGUGUAUUUGGAAGAAUUUCCCCUUUACUGCUACUCAUGUCAAAUUAGAAUAGAAUAGAAUAGAAUAGAAUAGAAUAGAAUCUGGAAGAGACCUUGCAGGUCUUCCAGUCCAGCCCCCUGCUCAAGCAGGAGAACCUAUACCACUCCAGAUAAGUGACUGUCCAGUC